AUGGAUUACUCUAAGAAACAAUAUUGCAAAAUCAAAAAUGAGUUAAGAGGAUAAAUUAUUCACAAGAUUCUAAAUGAAAAAAAAUCCUUAAUGGAAGUGGCAUAAGAGUACAACAUCUUAUAGUCUACUUGUAAAUCGAUAAUAAACACUUUUUAGAGAGAGGGUAGAGUGGGGAAAAAGCCAAGUAGAACCAGAAAAAUUCGAAAACUAACAAGGACAUAUGAAAUUGUAUUAAAUCCAAUAUAUCCUUUGAUGUCAACAGUUCUUUCAUCAUAAAAAACAGAAAAUUGUAUAGAAAAUUCAAAUAUAGGAUAAAAAGAAAAAACUAAUUAAAACGAGAAAUUUACUGAAGAAAUAGAGCUCAACAAUUUCUGUCUGAUUUAACAAUGGUGCGAAGGGAUUCAAAAAUAACUAAUUUUACUAUCUAAUUCAAAUCAAGUCUUUCAAAGUCCGAUGAAUUUGACACAGAAAUGA